CAUCAAAACAGGAACCCUAAUUUCCGAAAAUGAACAAUUUUUAUUGAUCUUCAAACAUGUCGAUUCCUUACAUUGGUCUACAAACGGUGAUCGCUCGUCGUUGAAGAACACCUACCAUCAUCAAAUUCCCGACCCAGUUCCUCGUCGGCCAACACAAUUUGACUUCUUGUUGGGUCAUUGCUUCUUACGGAGACAAAGGGGAUGAAGCUAAUGAGUUUCCGUUCUCUGCUCGUCUCCUCCAUGCUUUUGCGUGUGUUUCUGAUUGUCUAUGGAGAAUGGCAAGAUGCUCACAUGGAGGUCCGGUACACUGAUGUUGAUUACGUGGUUUUCUCCGAUGCUGCGGCGUUGAUGGCAUCCGGCGAAUCUCCUUACAAGAGGACCACUUACCGUUAUUCACCUUUGCUCGCGCUACUUCUGAUUCCUAACUCCAUCUUUCAUCGCUCAUGGGGAAAGAUUCUUUUCUCUGCUUCUGAUUUGCUUGUUGGCUAUUUUAUCCGUAUGAUUUUGAAACAACGUAAGGUGCCUGAGAACAUAUGUACAUAUUCUGUAAUGGUAUGGCUUCUAAAUCCGUUUACAUUCACAAUCGGAACCAGAGGGAAUUGUGAACCUAUCGUUUGUGCCAUGAUAUUAUGGAUCAUUGUCUCCCUAAUGAAAGGUAAUGUGUCACAAGCUGCAUUUUGGUACGGGCUUGUUGUGCAUUUCAGGGUCUAUCCUAUUAUCUAUUCGUUACCAAUCAUCCUGGUUCUCGAUCCCCAGGUAUUUAGAUCAGGUCAAAAACCCAUUCUUGAGGAUUGGAAUACAGGUCAGGGAAAGACACCUGGUAGCAACACAGAGAAGAAAGCAUUUCACCUCAACCUCAUGGCCAUGUUAAAAAGUUUAUUUUCUAGGGAGAGAAUCAUGUUUGCUUUGAUAUCAGGGGGCGUGUUUCUAGCUUGCAAUGCUGUUUCCUUCUAUUUUUAUGGACACGAGUUCCUGCACGAGGCUCUCUUAUAUCACCUCACUCGUACGGAUCCAAGGCACAACUUCUCCAUCUACUUCUAUCACAUAUAUCUUCACUAUGAGCGCCAGUUUUCAGCUGUGGAAAAGCUUAUCUCGUUUCUACCUCAGUUCACAGUACAGUUUUCUCUAGUCUUCUGCUUCUCUCAGGACCUAGUUUUUUGCAUCUUUCUCCAAACCGUUGCGUUCGUGGCUUUCAAUAAGGUGAUAACCGCGCAGUACUUUGUGUGGUUCUAUUGCCUGCUACCUCUGAUUCUACCAUGGAGCCGUAUGAAGCUGAAAUGGGAAGGCUUGUUAUGCAUCAUCCUGUGGAUUGGAGCUCAGACACAUUGGCUCUUAUGGGGAUACAUGCUCGAGUUCAAAGGCUUUAACGUCUUCUUACAGCUAUGGAUGGCGAGUUUGGUGUUUUUGGCUGCGAACACAUUCGUCCUCGUCAAAAUCAUACAGCGCCAUCGGUUCUCUCCUCUCUUCAGACGGUAUGAAAUCUCCUCUGAUCCAAAGAAUGUUACGAAACUUGACUGAUACUAAUCCAAAAGUUGUUUGCUUUCUUUGUUUGUUGGGUCAUUUCAUAUAUUGAGACCUUCGUGUUAUGGUUUUUGUAUAUGAUUCAUGAUCUUCAA